AUGAAGCCCACUCUCCUCUCCACACUCAUCGCUCUCGCCCUGACCACCUCAGUCAUGGGCGCCAUUAACGAUGCCUGCUCUGUGAACGGGACACCCGGUGUCUGCCUCAGCACCACGACCUGCAGCAACGGCGGUGGCACCUCCACCGCCGGCUAUUGCCCGAACGAUCCCUCCAAUGUUCGAUGCUGCACCAAGAAGUGCGGCAGCGGCGGGACCUGCCGUUUCGAGAGCACCUGCUCUACUGGGAACACCGCUACAGGACUAUGCCCCGGACCCUCCAACUUCAAGUGCUGCUUGCCCGCAAGCGGCGGUGGAGGAAACUGCACACCCAAGGCCAUCAACAAGAAGACGCUCGACCUCCUCAAAGAGUUCGAGGGCUGGGCCGCUUCGCCCUACAAAGACGUCGCCGGAUACCCAACCGUCGGUUACGGCCACAAGUGCUCCAAGAACGACUGCUCCGAGCUCGGAUACAAGUUCCCCAUGACCAAGGCUCAGGGUGAGGAGCUACUCGCAAAGGACGUCAAGGGCUUUGAGAAGUGCAUCAGCGACUACAUCAACGACACCAUCAAGCUGAACGACAACCAAUACGGAGCUUUGGUCUCAUGGUCGUUCAACGUCGGAUGCGGGGCUGCCAAGGACUCGACCCUCAUUUCGAGACUGAACAAGGGUGAUAGCCCUAACACCGUCGCGGGCGAAGAGCUGCCGAGAUGGAACAAGGCUGGCGGUAAGGUCGUCGACGGGUUGACCAACCGUCGCAAGAAGGAAGUCGAGUUGUUCAAGACAUCUUCUACAGUCAUCGCCCAUCCUCCUUGCUAA